CUGGGCCAGGAAGUGCGAUCCUGAGCCCAGGCCUCCAGGAGCCCCUGAGAGCAGCGGCCAGGAGCUGCCACCAUGUCGGGAAAAUUUGAGAUAACGAACAUGGACAUGAAGUUGGGGACAACCCUGAAGAUCAAGGGCAAGAUUGCCAGUGAUGCUGAUGGAUUUGUGAUCAAUCUGGGCCAGGAGUCAGAGAAGCUCAACCUGCAUUUCAACCCACGCUUCAGUGAGUCCACUAUCGUCUGCAACUCGAGGGAUGGCAGCUGGGGGCAGGAGCAACGGGAAGGUCACAUGUGCUUCAGCCCCGGGUCAGAGGUCAAGAUCACCGUGACCUUUGGGAAUGAUGGAUUCGAAGUGAACCUGCCAGAUGGGCACCAGCUGACCUUUCCUAACAGGCUGGGCCACAGCCACCUGAGCUACCUGAGCGUGCUGGACGGGCUGAGCGUCUCCUCCUUCAAGAUCGACUAAGGGGACAGCACCUCCCUGGAGUGAAGACCCCGGGUGCAGAUGCCCUCUCCCAGGCUUCUCUACCCACUCACACAGGACCAGUGGUUCCUGCCCCUGGGACCCUCCUCUACUCCCCUGAGGCUAAGAACCAACAAAAGAACCUGUCUUUAGCCAGUC